AUGAAUAACAACUCGAAUGAAUCGCCCGCAUCGCCGGCGCCACCCUCCGGCCACCCUUCUCCUUUACUGAGCGAAACCCAGCCAACCGACGGACCGGGCGAUAUGAGCCCACCCCAAAGUGGCAAGCUCUUUUCGGGGGAUCGAGGGCUACCAAGAUCGAAUUCCAUACAAGCAUCACAGCUGUGGCCAGUCACCACACAGGAUGGCUCACCGAGCAUGAUCCAUCAGCAACCUCGCGCCAAGUGGGAGGAUGGCAGCACCAGUAUAGUCGGCGUGGCUCUCGCUCUCAGCCGACCACGCCACCAGGUUACAGUUUCCGAGAACGCAUCGCCGUCCGUUUCCGCCGCCGGCGCCCCUGGGAGUCUCCAAAGUCCUGUCGAGGCUCAGCAACCGCUCAGCUUGACAUGCCAAGGUUCCAAGACGGACGAGAGAGGAGGCGGAGAGCGCGAGGCUCGCUGGAACGACACAGCCCUUCUGACAUUGGGAGCCCUCGACAGAGCACUCCUGUGGGAGAACGAGGAGCCGGACCGCUAG